AAGAGGGUAAAGCAGUAUGAGAGCCGACCCAUGAGGCUAAUCCGACAAGUGAAGCAACGCGUAUUGGCAGCGCUGAUGAACCAACCCUGCACCAGACCAGCACCAGCACCAGCACUAAAGACGCUUCUCUCUCGCCCACCCUCGUACGCGUCUCCAUCCACCGUUACCUUCUCGACGAUGAACAAGAACACAGAACAAGAACAUCUGGACUCCGAGUUCAAGCAAAAACGAGCGCUCCGAUCCAGGGUCCGCAAGGCCCUCAAGGCUAUGGAGCUCGACCUCAGAUCCCAAGAAGACAAUGCCAUUCAGAGUAUUAUUUUGGAAUCUCCAUGGUUUCAAUCUAGUAGGAGAUUGUGUGCCUAUAUAAGCUGCAGUGCUUUGCGGGAAGUUGACACAUCAAAAUUGUUGUCGGAAACCCUGUCAAAUCCAACUGGAGAUGGCCACACACAGAGAGGAAAAAUACUUUAUGUUCCACGCGUGGAGGACAAGAAUUGUCGCAUGCGCAUGCUGAGAAUCUCAUGUAUUGAUGAUCUUGUUCCAAAUUCAAUGGACAUCUUAGAACCAGUUCCAGUGGAUAGUGAUGGAAACGAACGUGAAGAUGUUAUGCUAGCAAAUGAGCCAGUUGAUUUGUUCCUCUUGCCUGGACUAUCAUUUGACAGAUCUGGAAGGCGCCUGGGUCGUGGUGGAGGUUAUUAUGAUACCUUCCUGAAGAAAUACCAAGAGCUUGCAAAGGCAAGGGAUUGGAAGCAACCCCUCCUUGUUGUGCUGUCAUUUUCUAUGCCAAUUCAGUUAAGUAUGUACAGGAUGAAGCUUUGACAUGCACUUGGAAGUUGGAAACCAAACCAGUUGAUUGCUUUCUUCGAUAAUGGGAUCUUCAUCCUUCAAGAAAUUGGAGUUUGGGUAUGUCAUAAGCUGUCCAAGAAAUGUCUAUCCGGAAAUUUAAUAAUUUGUCAUGCAUCCAGAUAUUUGAGUUUUGCUAUGUGCCACCGCCCAUGUGGAACCGAUGUGUAACCGAGUGAUGUGGUAAUUUGCCACGUUGGCAUCUGGCAGAAAGUAUAAUAAUAAUAAAAAAAAAAAGAAAUGAAA